AUGAAUAAUGAUUAUAGAGAAGUGAAUCAAAAUGAACCUGAAGCGUAGCAAAUUUAUAUUGAAACUCCAAUUUAUAAAGAGGCAGUGAGUCAUUAUAGAACAACAUAGUAUUAUUUUAUGUCAUUCAACUCUUGUAAAAUUGUAUGUGGAUUUGCAUUAUUGUACAUGAAUCACAAAUAAAUAUAUUUGAAUUAUUGGAUAUUGGCAGUGAUGUUCCAUGCAUUUAUAAUGAUCAUUAUUCAUAAGAAUCACUUAAAAUAUUUAGCAAUGAAUAAAAGAAUAUUGGCAUAUAAAUUAGAUCAAAUUAUGGUUGCUCCUAGUGUAGAGUAAGUAAUUGAAUAAAGAAAAUUAAAUAUAUUAUCACGAUAAAUAAAAUUAGAAAUAGUAAAAUUGACAAUAUUUGGGAAAUGGUGUUGCAGAGUUAUAGCAAUAAUUUACUAAAUAAUAUUUGGUUAUGGUGUAUACUUAUUUUGUAUAUAUUACAGUAUGAAAUCAGAGGAGUUAAUGUAUUAAUUCUACUUUUUAUGUGCAAUCCUUGUAAUCUCUUUAUAUCAAUUUAUUGAUCUUUAUUUGAUACUGGUUUUUGCAAUUCUAGGAUCUCCAUUCUUAAUUAUUCUUAGUUGUUACUAUUGUGCAAACUUGUAAUUAAAUUAAAGACAUUAAUAGAUUUAGUAAAGAGUAACAAAGAAAUGAGAUUAAAACUAGAUUGUAAGCCAUUAAAUAUAAACCAAACUUAAUAGAAGGAGAAUAAGAAUGUUGUAUUUGUAGGUGUCCUUAUGAGUUGAAUGAAGAGGUUGUCAUUCUCAAAUGUUCAAAAUUGCAUCAUUAUCAUGAAACUUGUAUUAUGGUAUUUGAAUUAUUUUCAAUUUUCAGUCUUGGAUUAACAUCAAUAAUACAUGUCCAUUCUGUAGGAAAUCUAUAUGAUUAUAUCAGUUUUAUAAAUAGA